AUGGUCCACACCAACGGAAACGUCAAGGGUAACACCUUCCUCUUCACCUCCGAGUCUGUCGGCGAGGUAAGCUGCUUCCAGUCCUCUUCUACUUGGUACCUCGUCCGUACUAACACCUCCCAAGNNGGUCACCCCGACAAGAUUGCUGACCAGGUCUCGGAUGCCGUCCUCGAUGCCUGCUUGAAGGAGGACCCCCUCUCCAAGGUUGCUUGCGAGACUGCCACCAAGACCGGCAUGAUCAUGGUCUUCGGUGAGAUCACCACCAAGGCCCGCCUCGACUACCAGAAGAUCAUCCGUCAGGCUAUCAAGGACAUUGGUUACGACAGCUCCGACAAGGGCUUCGACUACAAGACCUGCAACGUCCUCGUUGCCAUUGAGGAGCAGUCGCCCGACAUUGCCCAGGGUCUCCACUACGAGGAGGCUCUUGAGAAGCUCGGUGCCGGUGACCAGGGUAUCAUGUUCGGUGAGUUUUCGUGA